AUGCCUAUAUUUACAGUUCCUGCUCCAACCCCACCUCCUGAUUUAUUUUCAAGUAAAGAGUAUGAGACGAAGCUAUCUGAAGUUGAAGUUAAAAGGAUCGUUAAAGGUAUUCGUAUCCUGCUGAUGACUGCCACUCAGAAUGAACUAAGUGCAGUGUUGGGCUACUUGAAACCCUUAAAUGGUCGGGAUAAAGUUAUCAAAAAAUUCAUUAAUGAUACUUGGAUUUAUGUUGGAAAGUAUGGGAAUUUCUCAGUUGUAGUGGGAAGGAGCGCAUAUGCUAAAAGUCAACAAGGUCCUUUAAAAGCUGCUGAAGUUACAAAGAAGAUAAUGGAGAUAUAUAAGCCAAAAUAUAUAAUUGCCAUUGGAGUCUGCUUUGGAAUGGAUCGAAACGAAGUGAAACUUGGCGAUGUUAUUGUUUCUGACUUGAUUGUGGACUUAUCCACCUUUAAGAAAGAAGAGGGGCUUAUUAUACCUCGUGGACCUCAACCUCCAGCAGGAAAGACUCUUUCUCCCCUCUUUGGAGACACUUCUGGGUUCGAAAUGAGGCAUUCUGAUGAAGAAAAUGCUGAAAAAGUCAAAGUCCAUUGUGGUCCCAUUCUUACUUCAUCUGCUUUGGUCAAUGAUGAUGAUUUUAAAAAGCAAUUAGGGAAAGUACGUUCUGAUGCUCUCGCUGGUGAAAUGGAAGGUGCUGCUAUAUUUUCUGCAGCUCAUGGUAUAGCAGAAGCUAUUGUCAUUAAGGCUGUUGGUGACUGGGGGGAUGGGAAGAAGGAAGCAUGCAAAAGUUGGAAGGAUUUUGCAUCUUAUGCAGCUGCUAGAUACGUCCAUUAUCAUUUAGACAAUGUUUCUUCAGAUGCUCUGAAGUAG